UUGGAAAUAUUGAUUUAAUAAUGUUGAUUUUGUUCAGGCUUUCUAAUCCUAAUAUUACUCAAUGGAUGCAAACUAUGGGCAUUUCAGAUGCAAAAGGUAUUCAUACAUAUUAUGCAGAUCGUAUUUUAAAUAUUAUGCGUAAUAUCAAUUCUACACCAAUUGUUUGGCAAGAUGUUUGGGACGAAAAAGUUGAAUUACCAGAGGGUACUAUUAUACAAGUAUGGAAAGAUAAGAGUACUAGCAGUGACAUGGAUUCAUGGGCAUCAUAUUUAAAUCAAGCAGCCAAUCAAGGUUACAAUGUUAUACUUUCUUCUCCUUGGUAUCUUAAUUUUGUUAGUUAUGGCUCAUACGUGACAAAUACAUCUGUUAUGAAUUUGGAAUUUUUUAAAUAUUAUGAAGUUGAACCAUUCCGUGAAUUUAAUGGAUCAGAUGAAGCAAGAAAACGUAUUUUAGGUGGAGAAGCUUGUUUGUGGGCAGAAUUCGCUGAUGGUACUAAUUUACUUCCUCGUUUAUGGCCAAAGGCAUCUGCCGUUGCUGAACGAUUAUGGAGUGCUGCAAGUGUUAAUAAUUCUGAAGAUGCACAAUUUCGAUUAGAUGUUCAUCGAUGUCGUCUAUUAAGACGAGGAAUACCAGCUCAGCCACUUCUAAAUGGUUACUGUGGAAACUAUGAAUUAGGUAUGCCUAGAUCAAUGGUUAAUCAUCCAGCAUUUAAUUAUGAAAAUCCUGGAGAACGUUCACCACCAAAUGCAAUAUGGCCACAUCCACAACAAAUCUCUGUUUCCCCUGAUUUACUCUACAUUCGACCUAAUAAUCUUACAGUCAAUUCUAACAUUCAAAGCUGUGAUAUCGUUGCAAACGCUAUCAAACGCUACAAGCCACUUUUCUUUCCUCCAAAAUUACAAAUGCGAGUACCACCAACUACUGCUGAAAAUGUUCUCCAAAGUUUAACAUUAAAUAUACAAGAUGGUAAUCAAUGUGAACAAUAUAUUCAACAGACUUCCAAUGAAACUUGUAAGUCAA